GGAGCGAACAGCCGUGCACACGUUGGGGACGAUGACUCUGCAGCUGCGACGCUGAUGGAGGCUCACGCACGUUGGUUUCAGUUUCCAUGGCGAACCGGGGACUCAACCGGCAAAGCACCAAGGAAGACUACUGUGCAGAAACAGGAGGAAGACCGAGGGAAGGAGAGAGAGAGAGACAGAGAGAGAGAGAGAGAAAUAUACAUCCAGAAAUAGCACCAGCCACAUUUAACUGAUAGAGAGUGACAGUGUGAAGAACCUAAGACCUGGACAGAAAAUGCCUAUCCUUUCUAACUUCACAGCCAUUGUUUUGCUGCUGAUUGCUCACUGCGGAUCCAGGAGCGGAGCAAACCGCCUGGGGCCCUUCAAGGUCUGUCCCUCCUGCAGGGAUCCACUGGGGGCAGGGCGGCCCCCCAGGGACCAUAAUGUUGCCGGCAGCACCUCAGUGCUGGCCGUGGGAGAGCCCUGUGGUGUGUACACACUGAGCUGUGCCAAGGGGCUCCGCUGUGUGCCCCCCCCACGGGAGCACAGCCCCCUCCAGGCUCUGUUGCAGGGACGGGGUAUUUGCGCCAAGCACAGCAGGACUAGUCCCACUGAGAAGCCCCCCCCCACAGGUCCUCAUCCCUCACACAGCGGUGACAUUGAAAAAGCUCCCUGCCGCAAACUGCUGAACAUCGUCCUGAGGGGUCUGGAGCUGACCAUCUUCCAGUCCGACCGAGACAUCUACAUCCCCAACUGUGACACCCGCGGCUUCUACAGGAAAAAGCAGUGCCGCUCCUCCAAGGGCAUGCAGCGUGGCCAUUGCUGGUGCGUGGACGAGCUGGGCACGCCCGUGCCCUCACGUGCCAGCGAAGAUGGUACUUUACCAUGCGAUGGGGAGUGA